CGGCUUGGCUUAUGGGUUGUCCUCUCGCUCGGCUGGAGCAAAGGAAACACACAAAGCAGAGAGACGAUGGAUGAAGGUGGAGAUGAAGGCAGCAGCGUCCCCACGGUGGGAUGCUCUGCGUCGGAUGUGGAUACGAUCGAGGCAACAAGGGAUGUGGACACGCUGCCGAGGCAAGAGCUGCUCACGGUGUUCAGCUUCUUCCAUGGCAUCAUGACACGUCACGCUGCGGAAACGUUACUGCUGCACGGUGGUCCUGGGAUGUACUUGUUGCGGGAGAUCCCUUCAGAGGAAGGCGAACGCACAGGCACUCUCUGCCUCUCCGUUCGCAACCUUCACGCUGUCUCGCACUUCCUAGUAUCGUGGAAUGGCAAGGAAUUUCAGAUCGGUCCAUCUGUGUACUCGAGUGUACAGACAUUCGCAGACUUUUUCGCAUGUCCAGGCUUCUUUGACGGCAACGGCAACAAAAUCACGCUCGGCUCACCGUAUCCGCGAGAGGUGUACGAGAAGCAUUUAUACGACAAGGUUCAAACCCAGAUGGAGUGGGGCAGCGGGGUGGAGAGCUCCAGGAGACGGAAGAAGAAGAAGAAACCACAGGACGAGCGCUGCCGCAGCAUGCAGAUCCUUCGCGCCUCCACGGAAUCGAAGGAAGGAUACUUGACCAAACUUGGCAAAGUGCGAAAGACAUGGAAGGUGCGAUGGUUUUCUGUGACAAAGAACGAAUUCCGUUACUACAACCAACGCGGGGACUCGCAACCGAUCCGGGUGCUGGACCUGUGUGAAUGCAAACGCGUGGAGAGGACAGAAGUGCCGGGAAAGUUUCACGCAUUCUGUGUUGAGAUGCCGACACGCGAGUUUCUGAUGUAUGCGGCGACGGAGGACGAGGCCGACGCCUGGGUCGCGGUCCUGCAGGCAAAGCUGGAGGCUGUCCAGUCGUUAACAUCAUAAUGCCAACAGCACCGCCCGCUACUGAUGCCCACGUUACAUGCACGUGUUACACCAUCGCUUCCUGUUCCCUCUCCCCAUGUCCUCAAUCACCACCACUAUCAUCAUCAUCAUCAUCAUCAU